AUGUUGCGGCUUAGACUUAGCUACCAUCUCCAAGUUGAAUCACUCGUUAAGAUCGUCUACAGAGGCAGCGAGGCAGUAGGCGGUGCUGUCAACGAGGCAUCAGGCGGCAAGGGCAGCGAGGCAGUAGGCGGUGCUGUCAACGAGGCAUCAGGCGGCAAGGGCAGCGAGGCAGUAGGCGGUGCUGUCAACGAGGCAUCAGGCGGCAAGGGCAGCGAGGCAGCAGGCGGUGCUGUUAACGAGGCAUCAGGCGACAAGGGCAGCGAGGCAGUAGGCGGUGCUGUCAACGAGGCAUCAGGCGGCAAGGGCAGCGAGGCAGUAGGCGGUGCUGUUAACGAGGCAUCAGGCGGCAAUGGCAGCAAGGCAGUAAGCGGUGCUGUCAACGAGGCAUCACGCGGCAAGGGCAGCGAGGCAGUAGGCGGCGGCAAGGGAAGCGAGGCAGUAGGCGGUGCUGUCAACGAGGCAUCAGGCGGCAAGGACAGCGAGGCAGUAGGCGGUGCUGUCAACGAGGCAUCAGGCGGCAAGGGCAGCGAGGCAGUAGGCGGUGCUAUCAACGAGGCAUCAGGCGGCAAGGGUAGCGAGGCAGCAGGCGGUGCUGUUAACGAGGCAUCAGGCGACAAGGGCAGCGAGGCAGUAGGCGGUGCUGUCAACGAGGCAUCAGGCGGCAAGGGCAGCGAGGCAGUAGGUGGUGCUGUUAACGAGGCAUCAGGCGGCAAUGGCAGCAAGGCAGUAAGCGGUGCUGUCAACGAGGCAUCAGGCGGCAAGGACAGCGAGGCAGCAGGCGGUGCUGUCAACGAGGCAUCAGGCGGCAAGGGCAGCGAGGCAGUAGGCGGUGCUGUCAACGAGGCAUCAGGCGGCAAGGGCAGCAAGGCAGGCAGCGAGGCAGUAGGCGGUGCUGCCAACGAGGCAUCAGGCGGCAAGGACAGCGAGGCAGUAGGCGGUGCUGUCAACGAGGCAUCAGGCGGCAAGGGCAGCGAGGCAGUAGGCGGUGCUGUCAACGAGGCAUCAGGCGGCAAAGGCAGCGAGGUAGUAGGCGGUGCUGUCAACGAGGCAUCAGGCGGCAAGGGCAGCGAGGCAGCCGACGGUGCUGUUAACGAGGCAUCAGGCGACAAGGGCAGCGAGGCAGUAGGCGGUGCUGUCAACGAGGCAUCAGGCGGCAAGGGCAGCGAGGCAGCAGACGGUGCUGUUAACGAGGCAUCAGGCGACAAGGGCAGCGAGGCAGUAGGCGGUGCUGUCAACGAGGCAUCAGGCGGCAAGGGCAGCGAGGCAGUAGGCGGUGCUGUUAACGAGGCAUCAGGCGGCAACGGCAGCAAGGCAGUAAGCGGUGCUGUCAACGAGGCAUCAGGCGGCAAGGGCAGCGAGGCAGCAGGCGGUGCUGUCAACGAGGCAUCAGGCGGCAAGGGCAGCGAGGCAGUAGGCGGUGCUGUCAACGAGGCAUCAGGCGGCAAGGGCAGCGAGGCGGUAGGCGGUGCUAUCAACGAGGCAUCAUGUGGCAAGGGCAGCGAGGCAGUAGGUAGUGCUCUCAACGAGGCAUCACGCGGCAAGGGCAGCAAGGAAGUAGGCGGUGUUGUGAACGAGGCAUCAGGCGGCAAGGGCAACGAGGCAGUAGGCGGUGCUGUCAACGAGGCAUUAGGCGGCAAGGGCGGCGAGGUAGUAGGUGGUGCUGUCAAUGAGGCAUCAGGCGGCAAGGGCAGCAAGGCAGUAGGCGGUGCUUUCAACGAGGCAUUAGGCGGCAAGGGCAGCGAGGCAGUAGGCGGUGCUGUCAAGGAGGCAAAAGGCGGUAAGGGCAGCGAGGCAGUAAGGGGUGCUGUUAAGGAGGCAGCAGGCGGCAAGGCCAGCAAGGCAGCGGGUGGCAAGGGCAGCGAGGCAACGGGCGGCAAGGGCGGCGAGGCAGCGGGUGGCAAGGGCGGCGAGGCAGCAGGCGGAAAAGGCAGUGAGGCAGCAGGCGGUAAGUCCGGCGAUGCAGCAGGCGCCAAGGUUGGUGAGGCAGCAUACAGCAAGGGCAGCGAGGUAGGGGGCGCGAGGGGCGGUGAGGCAGCAGGUGGCAAUGGCGGCGAGGCGCCGGGCGGCAAGGGCCACGAGGCGUCGGGCGGCAAGGCCGGCGAGGCAGCUGGCGGCCAGGGCGGCGAGGCAGCGGGCGGCAAUGGCGGCGAGGCAGCGGGCGGCGAGGGUAGUGAGGCAGCAAACGGAAUGGCCGGCGAGGCAGCAGGCGGCCAGGGCGGUGAGGCUGCGGACGGCAAGGGCGGCGAGGCUCCGGGCGGCAAUGGCAGCGAAACGUGCUCUGGUCGGUGUCCCCCGGGAGCAACAUAG